AUGCCUCCCAAGAGGCGCGGAGCUCCCGCCAGCUCCUCCGCAAAUGCAGGCCCCAAACGCGCGCGCCAAUCCAAGCUUGCCAAGGAGAACGACAUAACAGGGGACCAAGAGAACGAGAUCAAAGAAGUUUUCCACCUCUUCGCCAAUGCGCACGAAGACUUCCCCGGCGAGAAAGAAGGCGUCAUUCCCCGUGAAGACGUGCGCAAAGCCCUGGUAGCGCUCGGCCUCCCGCCCACCGACUCAACCGAACUAGCAAACAUUCUCUCAGCCGUCGACCCAACCCUAACCGGCCAUGUCCCCUACAGCCCCUUCGUCUCUGUAUGCGCGGCGAAACUACGCUGUCGCGACGACGACGCCAUGGUCGCGGAGGUAGACGAUGCGUACCAGCUCUUCACGCCAGGAGGAAACGGGCCGAUCUCGCUGAGUCAUUUGCGGCGCAUUGCGCGCGAGUUGAAGGAGGAUUCCGUGGGUGAUGAGUUGCUUAAGGAUAUGAUUCUUGAGGCGAAUGGGGGUGCAGGACUUAGUGCGGGUGUCACCUUGGAGCAGUUUCAUGAUGUAAUGACACGGGCGGGUGUUUUCUAG